AUGAGCAACUACCCAGAGGACUCCUCCCGCGCUCCAUCCAGUCAAGAUGAGCAACUCUUUAUCACCGAAGUGUGGGACAAGCACACAGAUCCGAUACCUCUGGAUUGCUCCCAGUUCGAUCUGCACGAAUGGGCGAAACGAAACAUUCAUAUCCUUGAUUCUGCGGCCAGUGAAGCUCGACAUCGCGGAAUCUUGUUUGAGGAUCUUUCAAUUCAGGGCUCGGGCUCGUGUCUCCAAGUUCAACCGACGGUUCUUUCAGCCUUUCCAGCCUACAUCCUGCAUAAUUUCGAUGGACUUGUGUGCAAUGGCGAGUUGCUUUUGGUGCUGGGGCGCCCGGGCAGUGGAUGUUCAACCUUUUUAAAGGCGAUCUGUGGCUAUCUAGAUGGCUUGAGUCUAGAUCCGACUAGCAAGAUCCAAUACAAGGGGGUCCCGUUUGCGAGGAUGAUAAAGGAGUUUCGCGGGGAGGUUGUAUACAACCAAGAAGAAGAUCAUCAUUUUCCGCAUUUGACUGUUGGUGAAACCCUCGAGUUUGCUGCAUACGCACGCGCAUCACAUAUCCGGCCGGGUAACAUGAGUCGCGACGCAUAUGCAAAAAUGGCAGUUCAGGUCGCCAUGGCCCUGUUUGAGCUUUCCCAUACCCAAGACACGCAAGUGGGAAAUGAAUAUAUUCGCGGGGUUAGUGGAGGAGAAAGAAAACGAGUGAGUAUAGCCGAAAUGACAUUAGCGAGAGCUCCCAUUGGAGCCUGGGACAAUAGCACACGAGGUCUUGAUGCAAACAGUGCGCUUGAUUUUGUCCAGGCUCUUCGUCUGUCUGCCAAUCUCACAAAAACGUGUCACGCCGCAGCAGUGUACCAGGCUUCAGAGCCCAUGUACAAUACCUUUGACAAUGUCACUGUUCUCUACGAUGGCCGGCAAGUAUAUUUUGGUCCCUGUCAACAUGCCGUGGCAUACUUUGAGAAGAUGGGGUGGAAACGUCAUCCUCGACAGGUCAGCGCGGAUUUCCUUACUGCUAUCACCAAUCCAAGUGAACGUGAGCCCCAAGCUGGUAUGGCAGAGAAGGUCCCGCGGACUUCGGAGGACUUCGAAGCAUACUGGAAACAGAGUCCGGAGUAUGCAGAGCUUCGGGAGAAAAUGAAAAAUUACGCGCAGAGCUUCCCUCUCGAUGGACCGGAAGAGAGCAAAUUGAACCACGCCAAACAUACCGAGCAGGCCAACCAUGUCCGACCAUCCAGCCCAUUCCUUCUCUCGGUGCCAAUGCAGUUACGAUUAUGUCUUGUCAGAGCGCAUCGACGAAGUCUGAAUGACCGUGCGGGUAUCAUUGCGACUGCAGUGGUACAAGUUGUUAUCUCGGUCCUAAUUGGCUCUCUCUUCUAUAACAUCCCUGACACUUCUGCGGGUCUAUCCCAGCGGGCAUCGGUCAUCUUUCUGGCAGUCCUUACAAACAACUUGAUCGCUUUGCUGGAGAUUAACAUCCUGUACAGUCAAAGACCUAUUGUGGAAAAGCACGCUCGCUACACAUUCGUUCACCCCUUCACCGAGGCCUUCGCUGGAGUGAUCAUAGAUCUCCCUAUCAAGCUCCUCCGCUGUCUGAUUGCCAGUGUCAUCAUAUACUUCAUGGCACAUCUUCAAAGGGAGCCUGGGCAUUUCUUCAUCUAUAUCCUUCUCCAACUUGUCUCAGUUGUGACUAUGUCCGGGCUCUUUCGGUGCUUGGCCACGAUUACAAGAACACUUAGUCAAGCAAUGGCACUCGGUGGAAUCAUCAUUAUCUGCAUUGCAGUGUAUACUGGUUUUACUAUACCACAGCCCGAUAUGCGCCCGUGGCUUGGUUGGAUCCGAUGGCUCAAUCCAAUUUUCUAUGCAUUUGAAGGAAUCGUCGCCAACGAAUUUCACGGCUUGCGAGCCAAAUGCGUUGAUUUUUUACCUGAUUAUCCAUCUUUGUCUGGUUUGUAUUUUACUUGCUUGGAAGCGGGUGCUGUUCCGGGAGAGCGCUUUGUAUCUGGAGACAGGUAUAUUGCGAAACAUUAUGAUUACUCCUACAGUCAUCUAUGGAGGAAUUUUGGGAUCUUGGUCGCCUUCUUUAUCACAUUUCACGUGAUUUACCUCGUCCUUACAGAGUUGGUCCCAGGCACAGCAUCCGCUCCCAAGACACUCUCGUUUCUUCCUGGCCAUAUUCCCGCAAAAUUGAGCCCAAACGACGUAGAGGCUGGGCAUAGGUCCGAGGUAUCAAAAGAGCUUAUGAAGUCUGACUCGCAAUCUCGUCUUCUGUUACCAAAGCAAGAGAAUGUAUUCAGUUGGCAGGGAUUGUGCUACGAUAUUCCAGUGAAGGGAGGAACCAAAAGACUGCUGGAUGAUGUUAGCGGCUGGGUCAAACCAGGGACCUUCACUGCACUGAUGGGGAUGUCUGGUGCAGGAAAAACCACACUUUUAGACGUCUUGUCCCAGCGAAUGACUCUUGGCGUCGUAACGGGGGAGAUGCUGGUCAAUGGCUGUGGCCUUGACACGAGCAUCAGUCGCAAAACUGGAUACGUCGAGCAGAAUGACCUCCACUGUGAGACUGCCACGAUUAGGGAGGCUCUUCGCUUUAGUGCAGCACUGCGGCAACCCCGGUCCGUCUCUAUGGAAGAGAAGUACGCAUUUGUGGAAGACGUGAUUCAGAUGUUAGGAAUGGAAGAUUUCGCCGAAGCUGUCAUUGGAAAUCCUGGAGAAGGGUUGAAUAUCGAGCAGAGAAAGCUUCUUACUAUCGGUGUCGAGCUGGCUGCAAAGCCUGAAGUGUUGAUCUUUUUAGAUGAGCCAACAAGCGGUUUGGAGUCGCAGAGCUCUUUGGCAAUUUGUUCAUUUAUGAGGAAGCUCGCCGACCAUGGACAAGCCGUGCUUGCCACAAUUCAUCAGCCCAGUGCCGUCAUGUUCGAACAAUUCGAUCGCCUCCUGCUACUCGCCAAAGGUGGCAAGACUGUGUACUUUGGGGACAUUGGGAGCCAUUCUCGCACUCUUCUGGAUUAUUUGGAAACAAACGGCGCACGUUCAUGUGGACCAGUCGAGAACCCGGCCGAAUACAUACUUGAAGUUUUCAGCGAAGGCUCGCAAGAAAGCUCUCAGACUAUUGAUUGGGUGGAAAUCUGGAAACAGAGUCCUCAAAACCAGGAAGUUCUUGAUCAUUUGCAACAGAUCUCUUCAAAUCCCUCUCAGGCCCCGAUAAUCAAUGCACAGAUCGAGCUCGAAUUCGCCAUGCCAAUUACCGCUCAGUUAUACCAGGUCAUGAAGCGGGAUUUUCAACAAUAUUAUCGCCAGCCGGAGUACAUCAUGGCUAAGCUUUCUCUGGGUAUCGUAUCCGGUCUCUUCGUCGGCUUCUCAUUCUGGAUGUCCGAUAACUCCAAUCAGGGCUUUCAAAACACUUUGUUCAGCUUGUUCCUUUUAUGUACCAUCUUCUCCACCAUGGUAAACCAAAUAAUGCCGAAAUUCAUCGGCCGGCGUGCGCUGUACGAGCUACGCGAGCGACCUUCCAGGACAUAUUCCUGGAAGGUAUUCAUUUUUUCGCAAAUUAUCGUUGAGCUUCCUUGGCAAGCUUUGCUUGGUACCUGCACCUGGGCCUCUUUCUAUUUCUCUGUCUAUGGUGGAAACCAAGAUCCAGAGCGCCAGGGCCUAGUGUUUCUUUUCGUGUUGCAAUUCUUCUUCUUUGCCUCCAGUUUCGCCCAUUUAGUAGCCGCUGCGGUUCCCAGUCCAGUUCUGGGAAGUAUGCUGGCCCUUUUUAUGUUUGUCCUUUCGUUGUUGUCCAACGGUGUCAUGCAACCACCGAGCGCGUUGCCCCCCUUCUGGAGCCAGAUGCACAGGGUCUCACCCUUGACCUAUUAUGUGGGUGGUAUCAGUGCGACUGCACUACAUGGUCGUCCAAUUCAUUGCUCGGACCGAGAAAUGGUCAGCUUUGAGGCCCCGGCGGGACAAACGUGCGGAGAGUAUCUCGGAAGGUAUCUGGAGUUAGCGCCUGGGAAGCUCUACAAUUGGUAUUCAACUGGGCAUUGUCAGUAUUGUCCCCUCCAAUCAGCUGAUCAAUAUCUUGCCAGCCGCGAUAUUUUCUGGGAUCACCGGUGGCGGGAUUACGGGAUUCUUUGGGCAUACUUUGCCUUCAACAUCUUCGGUGCCAUCUUCCUUUAUUAUCUUUUCCGGGUUUUGCCAUAUUCCCGAGCAGACAAGGCCAGAAAGACGAAAUCUUAA